AUGGAUUCUAUCGCUGCUGUUCAGCCCAGCACCGAGCCUACCAGGGAAAAGAGCAUUGGCAAUAUGUCUGUUGACGAGGAAGAUGCGAUUCGCAAGGUUGAGGAGGCUAAUAUGCCAUCACAUUCUGCGCAAGAGGGUGUGCGAGAGGUAGAGGCUGUCACUUUGGCGUGGACUAAGACAUCUCUGGCAUGCGCAUUCAUAUGUAUGUGGUUCUUGUACCUCACAAAUGCUUUUCAAUCAUCCAUUACCGGCAACCUAACGCCCUACGUAACCUCUGGAUUCGAAGAACACUCGCUACUUACCGUCAUCUCCAUCGUAUCCAACUCCAUGGCCGCAGCCGUCUACAUUCCGACCGCCAAGUUGCUUGAUCUCUGGGGUCGUGCUGAAGGUUUCGCUACUAUGGUGUGUUUUGCUACCCUUGGUUUGAUCAUCAUGGCGGCGUCUACAAACCUGGCUACAUAUUGCGCAGCGCAGGUUUUUUACACGAUUGGAUUUGGUGGUAUGAUCUACUGUGUCGAUGUCAUCACAGCAGAUUCCAGUAGUCUGAAGCACCGAGGUUUGGCUUUCGCUUUUACCUCUUCGCCAUAUAUUAUCACAGCAUUCGCUGGACCAAAGGCGGCCGAGGGAUUCUAUAACAACAUCAAUUGGCGCUGGGGUUUCGGCACUUUCGCUAUCAUCCUGCCUUUUGUGGCUGCCCCACUGUUCGUUGUGCUGAAGCUCAACUUACGGAAGGCGAAGCAGACUGGUGUACUGGAGCGCGAGUCGAGUGGAAGAAACCUGAUGCAGAGCAUCAUCUUCCACAUUCGAGAGUUUGACGUUCCUGGUGCUUUCUUACUAGCCGCCGGUCUUGUCAUCUUCCUCCUCCCGUUCACUCUCGCCGACUCAGCACCUAACGGUUGGUCAACAGGCUACAUCAUCGCGAUGUUGGUCGUUGGUUUCGUCCUACUCAUAUUGUUCGGCCUCCACGAGCGCUUCACGGCCGGAAAGCCCUUCCUGCCUUUCGACCUCUUGACUAGCCGCUCGGUCCUCGGCGCAUGUCUCCUUUCCUUCACAUACCAGAUCUCGUACUACGCCUGGAACUCUUACUUUACCUCGUUCCUGCAGGUAGUCACCAAUCUUACUAUCGCUGAAGCAGGCUAUGUUGCUUCGACCUUCGAUGUCCUUUCUGGUGUCUUGCUCCUGUCAGUCGGUCUCGUCAUCAGCAAGACUGGCUACUUCCGCUGGCUUCUCUUCAUCGCCGUACCAAUCUAUAUUCUCGGUCAAGGUCUCAUGAUCUACUUCCGCCACCCAAGCACCAGCGUCGGAUAUCUGGUCAUGUGCCAAGUCUUUAUCGCAAUCGGUGGUUCUAUCAUCAUUCUCUGCGAGCAGAUUGCCGUUAUGGCUGCCGCGGACCAUCAACAUAUUGCAUCGGUACUCGCCCUUCUUAACAUCUUUGGAUGGCUAGGCGGUGCAGUUGGAUCCACCAUCUCCGGUGCUAUCUGGACGAACUCCUUCCCGCAAGCCUUGAUGGAUUUGCUGCCAGCUGAGGCCAUGGAGAACUUCGACCUUAUCUAUGGAAGUUUGGAUGAGCAGUUGAGCUAUGAGAGAGGAAGUGCGACGCGGUUAGCAAUCGAAGAAGCGUAUGGUAUUGCGCAGAAGAGGAUGCUGAUUGCGGGUACGGCAAUCAUGGGAUUGUGUCUUGUUUGGGUCUUCUUGAUCAAGAACUUUAACGUUGCGAAGAUGCAACAAACCAAGGGACGAGUUUUUUAG